AAGAGAGAGAGAAAAUAAUUGGUGUCGAGGGUUUAAAAACUCGUAUGUUUCUACUUUCUAGCUCAAGGCUGUGAGAAAUCUCCCCAUUUUUGAUUCAGCGCAGUGGUGGAAUGAAUGUAUGAGAAAAUGCAAGCUAUCGGAUUGUUAACGCGUAGGUCGGCUAGGGUUUUCAGAAACCCUCCGCCGAGUUUGCUCAACCUAGUGUCCAUGGACUCGUGUUGUGAGUUCAGCUCACUGCGCCGCGGCUUUCACUCCGCUGCGUUUUUCUCACGUACGAUUUCUCCACAAUUAAUUAGUCUUAGAAUAUCAAACUGUGAACUCCGAAUUUCUGUAAAUGAAGACUGGAGCUGAAUAAUGCAAAAUAAUUUAGGGAAUAUGCACGAAGGUUUUUCAAAUGUUGAAUUAUUUAAUCGAAAAGAUACGAUACAAAUCCCACCAGUAUCAAUUAUGGCAUCGAGCAGAUUGUUUUCUUCAGAAGCGCCAGAGAGUGGAAACGCUUCAGCUGCAGAUGAGACAGUGAAGGAAAUAUACGAUAAGUUGCUAGACAGUAUUGCAAAGAGAAGAACUGCACCUCCGAAUGCAUGGAUGUGGUCGCUCAUUGCUAAAUGCUCUACCACUGAAGAUGUUAAGCUCUUGUUUGACAUUCUGCCGAAACUUCGGGCUUUUAGACUCUCCAAUCUUAGGAUACCCAAUGACUUUAACAGCGCACUUUGUAGGGCAGUUACACAGGCUUGUGUUCGUGCAGGAGCUGUUGACUUUGGUAUGAAGGCACUGUGGAAGCACAACUUAUAUGGAUUGACUCCUGACAUUGGCUGCGCUCACCAGCUCUUGUUGCACGCUAAACAACAUAAUGAUGCGAAACUGAUGGUUAAAGUAAUUAAAGUUUUGAUGAAAAAUUAUAUACCUUUGCAACCUGGCACGGUAGAUAUACUUUUCAGCAUAUGUUGUAACACGGACAGAUGGGAUCUGAUAUCGAAGAAUGGGAAAAGGUUCGUCAAAUCAGGAGUAAGCCUCAGACAGACUUCAUUUGACAUGUGGAUGGAAUUCGCUGCCAAAAAAGGAGAUGUUGAAUCCUUAUGGAAGAUUGAGAACUGGAGAUCACAGGCUAUGAAAAAGCAUAGUGUUUCGACUGGAUUUUCCUGUGCAAAGGGUUUCCUUCUUGAGCAUAAGCCCGAAAGUGCUGCUGCAAUCAUUCAAGUGCUUUAUCAGACUGUUUCUGACCUCAAAAGGCCAUCUACCACGGUUGAACUUCAGAAGCUAGUUAGCGAAUGGCCUUUGGAUGUUAUAAAGCAUCAAAAUGACGACAACAGAAAGGCAUUUGCUGCAGCAUUACAAACAGAUAUCUCGGAGCUGAUCAGUGCUCUACAAAGCUUGGGUGUGAGAGAAAACGUCACCCCGGUGCAGUUUGGUGAAAACAGACCCAUUUCUGCUUAGAAGCCUUGGGUUUUGGUAUCAAAUAGCGAAGGGUUUUGUUACAAGACAGGCUAGUUGAAUUCUAUGAUCUCUGCUGCAGCAAGAAAUUUUGACACGCUUGCAAAUUCCAUCGUUUCCAGAUAAACAAUUUCAGCAUAACCGCAAAUCCGAAAGCGACGUCUCUUUUGCUAGUUGCACAAGCGCAUAAAAUAGGCAUUAUUAUGCUUUUCGAAAUGAUAAACUUUGAAGUAAUGAAAUUUCUAUUUCCUUAUCUUCUCGUGAAAUAUUGUGACAUCCCAAAAUAAUGUUUUAAUCAUUUUGGCAGAUAGACCAAGAUUUUCAGUC